AUGCCUUCUUGGUCGGCGGCACUGCAGCAGCAAGGAGACAACAGCAGCAGCAGCAAGGAGACAAGGAGACAACAGCAGCAGCAGCAAGGAGACAGCAACAACAGCAGCAGCAAUAGCCUGCUGCUGCUGCAGUUUGGAGUACUUCUUCAAUACGACAAGGCGCCCGAAGCAAAGGAGACAGAGGAGACUGAGAGGGGGGUAAAGAAGGUCUCCUUUCGGUCUCUUCUGUAUCCUUAUCUCCUCUCUGGCUGCCAGCAGCAGCGAGCCGCUGCGGGGCCCCACAGGCCUCUGCUGCGUCUUGCUGCAGCAGCAGCAGCAGCAGCAGCAGCAGCAAUGUCUCGCUGCUUAAACUCAAGGCCUCGGUGCUGCAUUUCACGUGUCUCCGUUACCUGUCUCCUUUUGCUUCUUCUCUUCGUCUGUCCGUACAACGCCAGCAGCAAAGAGACAGAUUCAUCGCUGCAAGCAGCAGCAGCAACAGGGCCGCAAGAGCUCAAGCCCAACGGCGACAGCAGCACAAACCAGCAGCAGCAGCAGCAGCAGCAGCAAGAGCAGCAGCAGCACGAGAAGCAGCAGCACGAGAAGCAGCAGCAGGAAGCAACAGGAGCAGCAGCCGUAGGAGAGGAAUCGGCAGCGGCAGCAGCUCCUCUUGCUGCUGCUACAGUAGCAAUACCCGUUGACUCAGCAACAGCAGCAACAGAAGCAACAGCAGCAGCAGCAGCAGCAGAAUCAGACAGGUUAGCAGCAGCCCAGUCGGUUAGCAGUAAUGCAGCAUCAGAAACGUCUGACCCCGCAGCAGCAGACGUCAUUGCAGCAGCAGCAGCAGCAGCUGCAGCAGCAGCUGCUUCUCUAGGGGGAGCAGCAAAGAAUGCAGCUGCAGCACCAGGAACAGCAGAAAGUACCCAUCAAGCAGCAGUAUCAGCAGCAGUAUCAGCAGCAGCAGCAGCAGCAGCAGCAGCAGCAGCACAAAAGGAAGCUGCUGAUGCACCCAAGGGAUCAAUAGCAACAAGACGGUGGCUGCGCAAGGGCAGCAAAGCGGGAAGGCGUCCGAAGCUGACGCUGCAGCUGGAUCCGGUGGUGCUGAAUCCACAGCAGCAGCAGCAGCAGCAGCAGCAGGAGCAGGAACAGGAGCAGCAGGAUUAUUCGCGGGAGCCGUUGACGGGGUCUGUCCAUGAGGAUGAGGGUCUGGUGCUGCCGCAGCAGCAGCAACAGCAACAACAGCAGCAGCUGCAUCAGCAGCUGCAGCAGCGGCUGCAGCAGUUAGCCCCUUUGGGUGUUGGAAUUGCAGGGAGCUGCAGCAGCAGGCGUUUGGUGUGGGGUUCAUCGCUUGCUGUGGCUUCGGGAGCAGCAGCAGCAGCAGCAGCAGCAGCAGCAGCAGGCCCAUAUGGUGCUUCAGUUUCUGCUGCUGGUGGUGUUUCAUCAUCACUAUCAUCAUCAGCAGGAGCAUCGUCAGCAGCAGCAGCAGCAGCAGCUAGUAUUGUUGGGUACUCAGGGGGACGGGGUGUAGAGCGCUUGCUGCUGGAGCAGCAGCUAGAGUUAGAAGGUGAAGAAGAGCUGCUCAGCGACUGUCUCCUUUCUCAUAGAGGAGACACUAUUGGAGACAGGGGCGACCCCCUUGGCCGCAGCGGGCCCAGAAGGCUUCGCCUACUUGCAUGUCGUCAGCGCGAAGCAGCAGCACCGCUAACAAUCAGCAGCGUGUCUCGCGCGGGGUUUGCUGCUGCUGCAUUUCGGGAGUAUUUGCUUCAGAAUGGUGCGAAGGUGCUGCUUGUCUCCUGUCCGUCUUGCUCUCGCUCAGCUGUCUCCUUUUAUGUGCGUCGCAGCGUUCCAGUUGUUUCAACAGCAUCAGCAGCAGCAGCAGCAGCAGCAGGAACAGCAGCAGCAGCUGCAGCAGCCCCAGCAGCAGCAGCUGCAGCAGCAGCAGCAGCAGCAGCAGCCCCACCUAGCUGUGGUGCAGACUUUGCUUUAGGAGAUCUCAGUGUUAAGUUUAACUCAUUAGGCGUAAAGUGCGGGAAGGGGCGUCUGUCUCACCUUCACCACGGCACUUGGCGAGGCCUGGAGCGAUGGGCUGAGGGGCAGGGGCUUCCUGUCUCCGAAGCAAUCCGACGCUACCACCGACUCACGUAUCAUCCCGGGGGGGUAACGGUUGCUAUCUUAGACCCGCGGCCUUUGGGGGCAAUCGAAGCAGCUGUGGGGCCGGCGCUGCAGUAUUUGCUGCUGGAGCCAGCAGCAGAAGCAGCAGCAACAACAGCAGCAGGGAGUACAGCAGAAGGAGCAGCAGCAGCAGCAGAAGCAGGGAGUACAACAGAAGGAGCAGCAACAACAGCAGCAGCAGGGAAUACAGCAGCAGCAGCAGAGAAUACAGCAGCAGCAGCAGCAGGGAGUAGUACUGCAGCAGCGAAUCAGGGUGUGCUGCAGCCGCAGCAGCAGCUGUCUCUCCCUGUAGACAGUUGGCAGCCGAAGGAGACAGAUAAAACAAACAAAACAAAUAAAACAAACAAAACAAAUAAAACAAAUAAAACAGAAGAGACAGAAGGUAGAUGCAGGGCCCCGCGGCUGCAUAUUCUGGAGUGUGCGCCGGAGCAGCCAAAUGUGAUAAUAUUUUUCUGCUUCUUCCUUUCUGCUGCAGCAGCAGGUCCUGCAGCAGCAGCAGCAGCAGCAACAGCAGCAUCAGGAGAGGAGGGAGGCAGCAGCAGAGAUCUCUCUCUGCUGCUGCAAGCAAGGAGACUCAUCGUUGAAAUGCUAUCAGCAGCAGGAAGAGACGCUUUGAUGGGCCGCCUUGUUGCUACGGGGACAGCAGUUAGAGCUGCUGUUCAUCUCCCUGUCUCCAACGACAGCGGCGCCCUCAUUCAGAUUGAGGUGGAGGUGCUGCACUCCAACUGGAGACAGCGUCUGGCCGAUGCAGGGGAGAUGAUUUUUGCGUUUAUUAGAGCACUUCAGGAGACACCUCCUGGAGAGUGGUUUGUGAGGGAGCAGCAGCAGAUGUCUGCCUACAGACAUAUCUUCUUCAUCCCUAGUGAUGUCUUGCAAGCAGCAAUAGACUUUGCAAUAGAUGCUGCUCAUGACUCAGCUUUGGGUGUGUCUGACAUUGCGCGGCUGCGUCGUGCUGCAGCAGCAGCAGUAGAUUUGCUUGAAGAGCUGUCUCCUUUGAUGGUGCAGUUGGUGGUGCAGUCUCCUGCAACGGAUUGUCUAUGUGUCUCACUGCAGCAGCAAACUUUAGCUAGAUUUGGGUCCGAGCAGCUGGAUCUGCUGCUGCUGCUGCGUUGGAGUGAUGCUUUUAAUAGGAGACAGGAAGCACUUGCUGCGCUGCUGCAGCGGUGGGGUCUAUCUUUACCUCGAGCUAAUGCAUUUGCAGGCUGGAGCAGCAGCAGCAGCAGCAAGCAGCAGCAUGUGCAGCAGCAGCAUAUUAUGCUGCAGUGGCAGCAGGAAGAACCCGCGCCUAGCCCACCACCCAGCAGCACAAGCAAGACUCCGGGUAUCCACAUCAGCAGCAGCAGCAGCAGCAGCAGCAUCAGCUUAGCUUCAGCACCAGGGUCGCCUGUACCUUGCUCAAGCCCUCGCACUUUAACAGAGGUGCCUCUGUCUUCGUUUGAAUUAUUUUCUAUCCCGAGGCAGCCUCAGGUGUCUGUACAGCCCAAGCAGCAAACGCAGCAGCAAAAGAGCAGCAACACUAGCAGCAGCAAAGGCAGCAGCAGCAACAACAAAGGCGCCAGCAGCAACAACAAAGGCACCAGCAGCAAAAGCAGCAAUCGGACUCGCCGGGGUUUGGUGUCUAUAUCAACAGGAGCAGCAGCAGCAGCAGGAGGAGGAGGUGCAGCAGCAGCAGCAGCACCACCACCACCAGCGCGGCAGAGGCUGCUGCGGUUCCCUCCUUAUCACCCUUGUUAUAAGAAGUGCAGCGUGCUGCUGAAGGGAGGAGACGAUCCCAGCGAUCCCAGAGCAGCUGUUGUGCUGCACCUUAGCUGCUGGGUGGGGCAGCAGCUUGUCUCUCGAGAAGAAGCAGCAGCAGAAGUAUUUCUGUUUCUUGUUGCGGAUCAGAUGCAAGGAGUAUUGGAGGAAGCAGCUCGCGCUGGUGUUGCUGCAGCGUUCUCUUCAGGAUCUUUUGCUGCCGAUGCAGAUGAUAGCACAAUUAGGAGAGGAGACAGCAUAGUGCUGUCUCUAUCAGGCCCAGUGCAUGCAUUAGCUGGUGUAUUAUAUGCAAUGCUGCUACCGUUAGCUCCUCCUGGAGCAUCAGCAGGAGCUCCAGCAGCAGCAGCAGCAGCAGCAGCAGCAGCAGCAGCAGGUGCAGUAGAUAUAUCGGAUGCAGCAGUAGCAGCAGCAAAUCGUCGGCUGCUCUCUCGGCUGCAGGAUAUACCCCGUCCGAACUCGCUGCUGACUGAGAUGGCUUUAGACAUGCUACUGUCUCCUCAGCUGUCAAGAAAUGCAUUAAAAAAGGAGUUAAUGAGAGCGCCUAUAGACAGUCGGCUCACCAGGGCGUGGAGAGACAGUCUCUGGCAGAGUCUAGCUAUACGCGCAACCAUACAAGGGAAUGUGAGUGAUGAAGCAGCAGUUGAUCUUCUUACUCUUGUUCUUAGGACGUUGAGGCCCUCCUCCUUGCAUGCAGUCUCAGAGACAGUGCCUUCGCGUGUGGUGGACUUGAAAGGAAUAGAUUUGCUGUCUCCUCCUGCAAAUGCUUCUGCUCCUGUGGGGUCUCUCUUUGGUGGCGGCAGCAGCAGCAGCAGCAACAGCAGCAACAGCAGCAACAGCAGCAGCAGCAGCGACAGCCAGCAGUAUAUCCCUCCCGCUGCGCUGUAUGUACACCCGUCUUUCUCAAAUACUGCUUUUCAUGCUGUUCGGAUAUACAUACAGCUGGGUCCGAUAAGUAGUGUGAUGUCGUCUCGUGCAGCAGGAGCAGCAGCAACAACAGCAGCAGGAGCAGCAGCAGUAGCGGAAGCAGCAGGAGAGUGCACAAUGAAUAUAAAGUCGCUCAUUGUGCUGCUGGAUACAGCAGCAAAGUCUCUAGCUUCUUUAUCUAUUGAAGCUGCUCUUAGAGAGCUCCCAUUUCCCGUCGACUUCACACCUGCUGCUUUAUCAAGAGGAGACACCAGCAGCCGUCUCCUUGCUGCUGCUACACACAAACACAUGAGCAGCAGCAUCAGCAGCAGCAGCAGCAGCAUCAGCAGCCUUUAUUAG